CUUUUUUAUUACAAAUUUAUCUACAGGAAAAAUAAAUCAUGCCGUAUCACAUAAAAAAAUGUUAAAAAAGAAUUUAGAGUAACCUGGGCGAAAGAAAGGGGGCAAGUCCUUUCAAGUUAUCAACGAGAACCGGUUUUUUUCCCCUGUAAAAAGAGAAAGAAAGAAAAAAAACUCAGCACCAUCCUCAUCUGCGAUUCACAAUCAUCAUCAUUGCCGCCGUCGUCGUUGUCCGAUUAACUCCAGUAACAGUCGAUUUCCGGCGGUUCAGAUCUGAGGUCCGCUUUCGCCAUGCAUUCGGUUCAAGCUGAGCUCACCACUGACCAGGUUUUGACAAGGAAUAUCCAAUGGGAGAGUUACAUGACCACAAAGAUGAUCACAGGAACUGGUCUUCAGCUGUUAAGGAGAUAUGAUAAGAAGACUGAAAGUUACAAGUCCCAACUGUUGGAUGAUGAUGGUUCAGCUUAUGUCCGAGUGUUUGUUAGCAUCCUAAGUGACAUUCACAAGGAAGAAACACGGGAAUAUGUUUUAGCUUUAAUUGAUGAAAUGCUCACUCUUAACCCAAAAAGAGCUAUAUUAUUCCAAGACAAGUCUCUUGUGGAUGAAGACAUUUACAAGCCUUUCCUAAGGCUGCUUUUUGAAGGCAACUGGUUUGUUCAAGAGAAGAGUUGCAAGAUACUUUCUUUGAUAGUAAGUGUCAGGCCAAAAGUUUGGGAAAAUGGUUUUGGUAAUGGGGAUGCCUCAAAUUUGAAAAAGAAACUCACUACCAGUGAUGAUGUAUUAAAGGGCCUUGUUGAGUGGCUUUGCGUGCAGCUGAAAAGACCAUCUCAUCCUACUCGUGGCAUUCCAACGUCAAUCAACAGUCUUGCAACUCUAUUGAAAGAACCUUUGGUGCGAUCAUUAUUUGUCCAAGCGGAUGGAGUGAAGUUGCUUGCGCCUUUAAUUUCUCCAGCUUCUACCCAGCAGUCUAUCCAGCUCCUCUAUGAAACAUGCCUAUGUGUUUGGCUUUUGUCUUACUAUGAACCUGCAAUAGAGCACUUAGCAACUUCUAAGGCCUUGCCGCAGUUAAUAGAAGUUGUUAAAGGUUCCACAAAGGAAAAGGUUGUCAGGGUUGUUGUCUUGACUCUGAAGAAUUUGCUUCACAAGGGGGCAUUUGGUGCAGUCAUGGUGGACCUGGGAGUACUACAUAUUGUUCAGAGCUUGAAAGCACAGGCUUGGAGUGAUGAGGAUCUUUUGGAGGUUCUUAACCAACUAGAAGGAGGUCUGAAAGAUAAGAUUAAGACAUUGAGUUCAUUUGAUAAGUACAAGCAAGAGGUCCUUCUUGGUCAUCUUCAUUGGUCUCCUAUGCAUAAAGAUCCUUCAUUCUGGAGGGACAACAUAACAAAUUUUGAAGAGAACGAUUUCCAGAUCCUGAGGGUCCUUAUUACGAUACUGGACACGUCCAGUGAUCCAAGAACGCUUGCGGUUGCUUGCUUUGAUCUGUCACAAUUCAUUCAAUGCCAUCCUGCUGGAAGGGUAAUAGUGACCGAUCUCAAAGCCAAGGAGCGUGCAAUGAAGCUUUUGAACCAUGAGAAUGCAGAGGUCACAAAAAACGCCCUGCUUUGCAUCCAGAGGCUUUUCUUAGGUGCAAAGUAUGCAAGUUUUUUGCAGGCGUAACACUUCUUUUAUUAUUUAUUAUUGUCAUUAUUAUUAUUGUUAUUAAUAUUAUCCUUGUUUGUGUUGCAUAAAUUAAUCCCACCAAUAAUCCACUCUUGUGAAGAUGUGAGAUGUGUCUCCUUAUAUAUAUGUUAUGAUGUAUCUACUACCGAGUUAUUUUGGCAGGGAAAGUGUUUCAAAUGUAGAAUUUCUUUGAACUGUAAUAUUGUAUUAGAACUUGGUAUUGAGCCCUGGAAUGAAGGUUUUCUUUACUU